AUGGCUGCAGGCUUAGAAAAGGCAUGCCACCGGUGCAUCUCCAAAAUUGCCAGCCAUGCUUCCUAUAUUUUUGGACUCCUUGCUUUCUUGGCAUUACCACUCUCUAUGACUUUUACAGGCAUGAAGUUUUUAGAUGACUGUCCAGUCCAGCCACUAAUUCCCUUAUAUCUUCUUGUGGGUGGUGUGGUUGGCAGUCUGAAGGUAGCUCUUCUGCUCUUUGAAUCCACCAGAAUGAGGCAGCUGCUUUCCAAAUCAGUCAUGAUUGAUGAUGACGACGAUGAUGAAUAUCCAUGGAGACAGAAUGCUCACAAAUAUUACAUCCAUCUGACACUCAGCCUCUUCCUCUUCCUCUGGUUCAUACUGGGGAACUACUGGGUAUUUUCAGUCUAUCUGCCUAAUUUCAUCCCACCUUUUCAUCACCCCCAAGAUUAUUGUGAUAAAACCCUGUACGUUUUUGCAGUUGGAGUUCUCAUCCUCAGCCACGUGGUGUUAGUUUUGCUGGUUUUCUGCAGUUGCUGCAUAUAUUGUUGUUCCAGGCAGCGAUACACUGCAGAGGAGGAUUAA